UUGGUAACUAUGAAGAAAUGGUGAUAGUUGAUCGUAGAUUAGCUGUAUCAUCGGAUAUAGCCUACAUUGGUAUCAAAAGACCUGCAAUAAACAGCAGUCUGGUAUUUAUGACAGUCUCAGAACAAUGUGGAAGAAUAUGUCGUCCUUCUUGCUUAGUGCCGGGUUCAAAUCCACCGAGGUACACAGAAUGUAUAGGUUUGUUGAACUUAACUCACAAUGAUGCUCAUUUCUACGGCAAAACUCUGGCAGAAGCUUACAUGAGAGUGUGGGAUUAUAAAAACCAGAUACGACCGAAAAUAAGACACGAGAAUAUACCAAUCGUAUUCCAUUGUGAUGAUAGCCUGUGGCCUUUUAACAUCAGCAACUAUAUAUCUACAACGACACCAUCAACUUGGACAAGAGAGUCAACACGUACACAAACCACGACUACUACAACUACCACUACCACUACUACCACUCCAACACCAACAACUACAACUACACCAACAACUACAACUACAACUACACCAACAACAAGUUGGGCAUGGAGAACAACAACAAAACCAACAACAAGAUGGGAGUGGAAAACAACGACAACUAAUGGUGAUAGUAAUAUCUUCUGUAAAGUCGAUAACACUUGUGUAAUCCCAUCAAGAUGUAGCUGUACAUACAUGGAAAAGAAACCUUGCAUGCAAAUGUGCUCCCGAUAUGCCAUAUGUAUUUACGGACAAUAUUUCGUUUUAAAUUGCGGUUCUGGAUUUAGAUACAACCACCAACUGAAACAGUGUGUUCGAGGAUACUGUUCCCACAGAUACUUAUCAAAGAUAUAGUUUUCACACAAAAUUACCCUUAAUAAUAUUGUCACUUUUACAUCCAACAUUUGCUGUUAAUAUCAGAGAUGUUGUUAGUCUUAUUUAUACUAAACCUACCGUCUAUUAUUUAAAUUAGUUGUGUUUUUGUACAAAGUAACCAACAACAAAUACAUUAGUUUAGCUGUGCUAAACUGCCUUAUAAUCACCAUAACCCCAAAAUGAUAUAUUAUUUAAUAUUUAUGUCCAGCUGUCACCACAUCCGGUUUAAGUGAGGUUAAUGACUGCAUUACACAUACACACAUACUUUGUAUGUGUCUAUAUAUAUAUAUAUAUAUAUAU